UAUCAUCUCUUGGGCAAUAUCAUUGGUGGUUGUCAGGGAAACAGCCAGUCUAGUAGCCCAAACACAGGUGUAACUGUCAGAGUAUGUGAGUGCCUGCACAGGUGUGAUGGCUAUCUGCUUAGCUGAGGUCUCCAUGGCCUGAGAGUGAGAGAGCAGGCUGACCCAAAGAAGAUAGCAAGAGGACAACACUCAGCCAAAAUGCCUUCUCAGAAGAAAAAUGACAUUGCAAUUAGAAUGGAAGAUGUGGGAAUCGAAAUCGAUGGAGAGUUAGACAGUGGGAGUGAGGAUGAGGCCAGGUGGAGGGACAGAAACAGGAAAGCCAAAGCCUCUCCACGAGCCGGGGGACGGAACGGCAAACCGGCCACCACUGAGGACGAAGAGGAAGAGGAGGAUCAGGACGAGGCACCGAGGAAGAGGGCUCGUAAGAAGAAAGCCAGUGCCCAGGACAGCGAGGAAGAGGAGGAGGAAGACGACAGAAGCGUCAAGCGGAAGGGCGCAAAGGCUGCGGGCAGAAAGAAAAAGGCAGUCAAGGAGGAGAGUGAGGAGGAGGAGGAGGAGGAGGAGGAACGAGGGAAGAAAAAGAAAGGCGGAAAAGUGACUGGCAAGAAGCAGAAAGACGAGCAGAACAAGGAAAAGAAGGGCGAUGCCAAAGGCAAAGGAGGGAAGGAGAAAGGGAACGGGAAAGACAAGAAAAAGAAGAAUGGAAAGUACAGCAGCUCUUCUUCAGGCGAGUCAGGGGACGAGGAUUCUCUGUCGGAGGGGGAGAUGGCUUCUCUGAAGGAGGAGGUGGAGGAGAAGAAGAAGCUGAUAGCCACGCUCAGGAACAAACCGUGGCGCAUGAAGAGGAGGCUCAAACUCCUCAAAGAAUGCCAGUCGUUUGUGGAGGAGUUCGAGGGGGCUCUGGGAAAGGGCAAAGGGAGGAAGCUCUAUGCCUACAAAGUCAUGAUGGCUAAGAAAAUGAUCAAGUUCAACCGUGACUUUGACAAUUUCAAAACAGCCUGUAUUCCGUGGGAAAGAAAGAUAAAAGAGGUUGAAAGUCACUUUGGGUCAUCUGUGGCUUCCUACUUCAUCUUCUUGCGGUGGAUGUACGGUUUAAACUUGGUCCUGUUUGCGUUCAUGUUUGGUCUUGUGGUUCUCCCAGAGGUGAUGAUGGGUCUUCCGUAUGGGUCUAUUCCCAGAAAAACUGUUCCCAGAGCAGAGCAGGACAGAGCCAUGGACAUCUCCGUCCUCCUUGAUUUUGGUGGUUACUGCAAGUACUCUAUUCUGUUCUAUGGUUUCUAUAAUGACGAGCGCACCAUCGGAGUCCUCCAGUUCAGACUGCCUCUCUCCUACCUACUAGUUGGUGUAGGCAUCUUCGGCUACAGCCUGAUAGUGGUCAUUAGAACGAUGGCCCGUAACUCGGACGAGGGAGGAGACGGUGGGGAUGACGGACAGUUCACCUUUGCAUUUAAGAUGUUCACCAGCUGGGAUUACCUCAUUGGCAACCCAGAGACAGCCGACAACAAGUACGCCUCAAUCACCACCAGCUUUAAGGAAUCCAUAGUAGACGAACAGGAGAACCAGAAGGAUGAGAACAUCCACUUGCGAAGGUUCCUGCGGGUUCUAGCCAACUUUUUAAUCCUCUGCAGCCUGGGGGGCAGCGGCUUCCUCAUCUAUUUUGUGGUCAAGAGGUCUCAGGAGUUUGCCAACCUAGAUCAGGAUGAGCUUUCCUGGUUUGAAAAGAAUGAGGUGGAGUUUGUGAUGUCACUGCUGGGGCUGGUGUGCCCCCCUCUCUUUGAGACCAUCGCUGAGCUGGAGGAGUACCACCCUCGUAUCGCCCUCAAGUGGCAACUGGGCCGCAUCUUCGCCCUGUUCCUCGGGAACCUCUACACCUUUCUGUUCGCCCUUUUUGACGAAGUCAACGCAAAGUUGGAAAAGGAGAAGUCUAUUAGGAAUGCCACUAUCUGGGGACUGAAUGAGUACUAUUCCAACUAUAGCUCCUACCACAACACUACUGACAUCCCCCCUCCAGACAUCCACCCUGCUGAUGUCAUCAGAGGGCCGUGCUGGGAGACCGCCGUUGGCAUAGAGUUUGUGAAGCUCACCGUCUCUGACAUCCAGGUGACGUAUAUGACCAUCCUGAUUGGUGACUUCCUGCGAGCCAUGAUCGUGCGUUUCCUCAACUACUGCUGGUGCUGGGACCUGGAGGCUGGAUUUCCGUCGUAUGGAGAAUUUGACAUCAGCGGCAACGUGCUUGGAUUAAUAUUCAAUCAAGGAAUGAUUUGGAUGGGUGCAUUCUACGCCCCUGGCCUGGUAGGGUUGAACGUCCUGCGUCUCCUCACAUCCAUGUAUUACCAGUGCUGGGCAGUGAUGAGCUGUAACGUUCCCCAUGAGAGGGUCUUCAAGGCCUCUAAAUCUAACAACUUCUACAUGGGCCUCCUCCUCCUGGUGCUCUUCCUCAGCCUUCUGCCUGUGGUUUACACCAUAAUGACCCUGCCGCCCUCCUUCGACUGUGGCCCCUUCAGCGGAAGGGAGCAAAUGUAUCAUGUCGUCAUGGAGACUAUAGAGAACGACCUACCAGCAUUCAUUGGGAAUAUCUUCACCUACGCAACUAAUCCUGGGCUGAUCUUACCAGCAGUGCUGCUGAUGGUGUUGGCCAUCUACUAUCUGAAUGCGACCUCUAAAAACUAUCAAAAUGCCAACCUGGAACUGAAGAAGAAGAUGCAAAUGGCUAGAGAUGAGGAGAAGAACAGGAGGAACAACAAGGAGAACACCAACCAGGUGAUGCAGGACCUGGAGGACCUCCUGCCCAACCGCUCUCUGCUCCCACCUGCUGCUGCGGAGGAGAAGCCCCCACCAGAAAUAGUGAGCGAGAAGGGAAGCAAAUCUCCCAAAGUGGCAAAACGUCCAGGAGCAGCAGCCAAUGGCAAGGGGGUUAAUAUUCAGAAGGAUGUUUCGUUGGCUGCACCAAACCCCAAAGCAGCUGUGACCCAUCCCCCAGGCCCAAGGGGGCCGUCUGGAAACGCCAGAGGACCACCCCCAGGGCCGGCGAGGGGCAGAGGGAGGGGGACACCUCCCUCUAGACGCUAAACAGGUGAAAACCAGGGUGUUAGGAUGUCAAUACCACCCUGACAAAUCAGGCUGUAGACAAGCAGGGGAAGAGCAGGGUUGUGUUCAUUAUGUACCAAACGUAAGAAAACAGACCAAAACUCCAAUAAGAAAAGUUCCUUGUUUUCCAUCUGAAAAAGUUUGGGAAUCUGGCCAAAGAUCUAAAGCCUGUAGGUAGUAUUUGUAACACCCUCACAAUCAUGACAUAACAGCAUGCAAAAUCCCAACAUGAGGAGAUUUUCUGUGACCAAUUUAGGGAAUGUUUAUUUAUUUAUAUUUGUCUCAGCAGAGAUCUAAACUUCUACUCAUUUCAGUCUGAAAUCGUAUGUUAAUAGUUUGUAAGAUAUGCAUUUGUAGUACUUUUUUUUGUUCCAGCACUUUACACUCACACUCGGUAAUAACGGGUUAAUAACUAUGUUUUAACUACAGUAGUAGUUACCAAUGUAGUUUCCCCCCCCAAUCCUUUCCUGUCAUCCCAAUUAGCCCAUGGUUUGUUAAUCGGAAGAUGGAACCUUCUAUGUAAGAACGCCGAAUCAGUGCUGGAAAAUGCCACAUUACCUGUUCGUCUUUAGUUCUGUACUGUUGAAUCCAUUCCCCAUGAAAUUGUCACGUAGCCUUAUUUAGUGUAAAGUGUCUUAAAGUGUUCAAGUGACAAAACAAAUCCAGUUCAUAAUCAGAGGUUUCUUUUAUUGAUAAAAAAUAUAUGCACAAGAUUUGACAAGUGACAUUCGGUGACGUGCUCUAACUUAACUAAAAAGGAAAAAGACGGCUGAAAGACCGAGUUAUUGAGCUAUUGGUCGGCAAUUUGGUGUCACUUUACACAAAAUAAGGCCACAUGACACGUUUACGCUGAAUGUAUAUAAUAGUAGAACUAAAGAGAAAUGGGUGAUGUGGCAUUUUCCUUGCACGGAUUCAGCGUUAUUACAUAGAAACUACCAUCUCUGUUUCCAGAUACAAAACCAUUAGCUAGUUAGAAAAGGGUUGGAUGCCGUGUUAUUGGGCUGUUUUCACCAACCUGGAAGGUAUAAAGAGCUACCUUUUUGCUAUUACAACCAAUAAAAUACAAGAGUUACAA